CUUAUACGAUUUACCCCACCAUAGAAAUCAUCGGAUCAUACCUCUCAGUUCACGAGAUCGCCAAGCUCCGCCCCUUCGUCGUCGGCGUCGACUCCCCGCCGCUUGACGCUGCGACGGCCGAGGAAUCGCAGGCCAAGUGGAGCUCGGAGCCUUGUAUUUCCAGAUCUGGGACGGAUCUGUUGUUCUAAGCUCUAGGUUCCAUGGCCGCCAAGUGCUAUCAUGUGUUGUCGCUGGACCACACGAACAUGCAGAUCUUUAACUGGAUGCAUAGCAAGUUGUACCCCAGCGUCAAGUACAGCCAUGUUUCUGAAAAGAAAGAUGCUUUUGGAGGAGACGAAAGAGAAAAUAUGGAAAUCUCUGAUGGGAUGAUCGAGGAAGAAGCAUUACUCUUACAUGAUGUCCUCAAUGGCAUUCUUGCCAUUGGCACCUUAGGCAGAAAGGGCAGCUUUGUUCCGCAGUCCUACUGUACCGAGGAAGAUGAAAUCCCUGUGGGAGACAAAAUGAAAGUGGAGACUGAUGCAGAGGUAAAAGACAAAGAUAACGGUGCUGCACCUUCUCUGGUGGCAAGCAAACCUCCAGUUCUUAUCGAGCUUGAUCUCAAAUUACCAGUUGAAGUAGAGGAAAAGAAAAUGGAGAUGGUGGUCCAGGACAGAGAAACUGCUGAGAAGAUCCAAGUGUUGCCUUUGCUGAUGGAGGACAAGGAGAAACGAGAACAGAGAGUAACACUUGCUGAUCUUUUUGCCGCUGAUGCUUCAACAAUGAACGACCUCGAUGAAAAUCCAAACAAGAAGAUGAAUGCUAGAUCAAAGCAGUAUUUGAUUAUCCAUGACAAGAAGCUGCAGAACAGGAAAGAAGCUCAAUCAGCUACCACGAAAGGCAACGCCAUCAACCCAACAAGGAAACUACAGAAGCUGAUUACAAAAUUGUUGAAGAAGAAGGUCCACCCGGAGAUGGAAGCCACGACGAAUGUUGCAAACAUGCUGACAAAGAAAAGCAGAAAGACUCUGAUGCCCGGGGGAGCAAAAUCUAUCGAAUAACGAUACUCGAUUUGGCACCACGAGAUGCUCGCGAACAAAAUUGCUUGAUUUACCGUGUCCUAGAGUAAGUGUUGAGUGCCUACAGUACGCGUCCACAUGUUUGUUAUAUAUUUUACGAGCAGUUUGUUUGCAGCUGUAAGAUUGAUUCGCUUAAAAUUAUCUCAAAUAAUUGAGGCAUCAA